GCUAUGAUGGAUAAUGUUUCGGUGAUUUCCAUGUUUACUCUUUCAGGGUUCAGUGGCACAUUCAGCCACAGAGUCACUCUCUUUCUGCUCACCUUGCUGUGUUAUUGUGUGAUUUGGUUGGUGAAUCUGACAAUCGUUGUGACAAUUAUCAUGGAUAAAAACCUCCAUGAACCAAUGUACAUCUUCCUCUGUAAUCUGUGCAUCAAUGGACUUUAUGGGACUGCAGGUUUUUAUCCUAAAUUUCUCCAUGACCUCCUGUCCACCACAUAUUUAAUUUCUGUUCCUGGAUGUUUUCUGCAGGGUUUUGUGGUUCACUCCUCAGCCCGUGCUGACUUGUCGCUGCUCGCUCUAAUGGCUUAUGACAGAUACGUGGCUAUAUGUCGUCCUCUGGUGUACCACUCUAUGAUGAAUACAAAAAGGGUUGGUGUUUAUGUAUUUUUUGCUUGGAUUACUCCAUUUUACCUAAAUUUUGUUGGGACAGGCACAGCAAUAACAUCAAGGUUCUGUGGAUCCCACAUACCAAAGAUCUACUGCAUCAACUUGUUGAUUUCUAAGCUGGCUUGUUCUGCCUCAAUAGCUCAGGUUGUUGUUCCUGCUUUUAAUUACACGUUUUAUUUUGGCCAUGCAGUUUUCAUUGUUUGGUCUUAUGUUUAUCUUGUCAAAUCCUGCAAAAUGUCUGAAGAAAACAGAAAUAAAUUUAUGCAAACAUGUUUGCCACAUUUGUUCACUCUGAUGAUUUUUAUUGGAUCUGUGUUGUUUGAUUUGCUGUACGUGCGAUUUGGCUCGAAGGAGUUGUCGGAAAACAUGCAGAAUUUUAUGGCGAUAGAGUUUCUUGUCAUUCCACCAGUGAUAAAUCCCCUGAUCUAUGGAUUAAGAUUGACACAGUUAAGGAAAAGAGUCUCAUAUGUUAUAUGCUGCCGAGGUUCUGUGUGUAGAUUAAAGGCAUAAACGAGUUGGGCAAAUAUGUGGUGCAACCUUUCAUGAAUUGCAUUGGUGGUUUUAAGAAAGACUUUGCCUGAAAACUAAACAAACAUCUAGUUCAUAAAAGUAAUUUGCUAUAUGCUCUUAUGUUAUACAGUUAUCUAAAGCAGUGGUCUCCAACCUUUUUAUUACCGCGGACUGGUCAGGACUUAGCGAUUUUGCUGCAGCCUGGGGGGGAGGGAGGAGAAACCGUCAGAUAAUGCCUCUGCAUUUGGUGUUCCUGCUGAAGCCACUUUUUUUUUGUCCCAAUUUUCCCUUUACCACAAUCUUACAACGUGCUGCAGUGUGGUGUGUUACAUGGUGGUGUGUUGUCUUGGUCCUUUUAUCGCAGCCUGUGGGGUUUUCCCUGACUGGGAGCAAGAACGCAGUCUGUUGAAUGUGACAGGUAGCCAAUCAGAAAGCGAGGUGACAUAAGAACGGAGGGGAAUCCCAAACAGUUGACAUGGCAACUGAGAGUCCAGUGGACAUCAGAGGUGAUAUAUGAACAUGUUUAUUACUAUAUGUAAAUGUCAUUUUCAUAUAUGUUUAUUAUAU